AUGACAGCAACACUCACCACUACUCCGCCACGCUCUCCUGCCUCGUCGCAGCCCUCAUCACUCAAGCGCAAAAGGAUUGGUCCCGCCACACAGCCACUUACCCCGCCAUCGACCGCGAAUGAUCCAGAGGGGUCGCGUCUUUUUUCGCGCGCCGUCAAUGUCCUCUCCACCGCCGCCACCGCCCUGUCACAGGUCAGCAUUCUCUACCAGUCUGAUGAUGUAGCACGCGAUGGUCUGCUGCGCGCAGUUCAGGCCAUAACAAAGGCCAAUGAGGCCGGCGGUAAGCUCAUCAUCUGUGGAGUAGGCAAGAGCGGGCUGGUGGGGCGCAAAAUCGAGGCGACGAUGAAGAGUCUGGGUAUAGCGAGCUCCUUUGUGCAUGCGGCUGAAGCGCUGCAUGGGGAUCUCGGAGACAUCAGACAGAAUGAUGCCGUCCUAUUCAUAUCCUACUCGGGCAAGACAGGAGAGCUCAUGGCUCUCCUCAACCACAUUCCCUCCCACACCCCCAUUCUUGCCAUCACCUCGCAAACCAAGCCCUCCGACUGCCAGCUUCUUGAGGACCGACCAAAUGCAAUCCUGCUACCGGCGCCCAUACACGAACUUGAAGAGGUCUCAUUCGGCGUCUGCGCCCCCACUACAAGCACGACGGUGACAAUCGCAGUGGGCGACAUGCUGGCAUUGACUGUAGCCGAGGCCCUACACCAAGAUGGCACGAAGGAUGUUUUCCGAAGGAACCACCCGGGCGGUGCAAUUGGUGCCAAGUCGCGACGGAUCGAUAAGGAGCAGACCGACACCGAUGCAAAAGAGUGCAGCGGACUCAUCACACCGCCAGCCGUCUGA